ACUUAGUUCCUCCUUUAAUUUAAGAUUGAUCUGAAUGUACUUGUGUAUAUAAUUAACAAUGUGUGAACAACAACUCACUCUUUAACCCUAAUCCUAGUACAGGUCCGUUCAGUCCCCAGAGGUUUACUAUGUUUCUGUUUUACUGUGUGCUUUUUAAAUGAUGAUUUUAAAUGAUGUGCUUUUCAAAUGAUAGUUUUAAAUACCAAUGUACUGUAUCGGGGUCACACCACACAAUAGAGUCUCUUUGCCGUCUCCACAGAGAAUAAUCAUUUUCACUUUGAGAUAGAGAAUAAUAAUUUUCACUUUGAGAUAGCAACAAAGCUGUCACCAUAUGAAUAGGGGAACUGGAACAGAUUCACUUCUUCAAUUCACAUGCUACUUCCGAGCCCUGUGGUGAGCACCAGCCAGUUCAAUGCCGUUGUUUGACUUCAGCAACAGGGUUGUUUUUUUAUAUAAUUUUAAUGCUUUGUUUACCAAAAAUUAAGAACAAAGUCUUUUUUUACUUGCGGUGACUUCAUGACACAAGACCGGCAAGGUUUUUUAACAAAUAUUUCAUUUUCAAUUUUACAUGAAAGAUUGGAAAGUGCCAGAGUCACAUGUUUUUCAAGUUUGUCAUAAGGAAUCAAUACAGUGAAUGCACAAUGACCAUCAUACGUUGGAUGCACUUGCUGCUGUUCUGUCUGUGUUGCCAUUAUGAGAUCCAGCCUGCUGCAUGUAAACCUGUGUGGAUGAGAUCACAGUUCCCUUGUGAUGUCACAGCCUACAAUUCCUCUAAGGUGCUAUUUGACUGUAAAGGGCGUCAUCUGCAUAAUGUACCUUUUGGGAUAACCGCUAAUGCAACUGAACUUAACUUGUCAGAAAACUACAUGAAGAAUAUUUCGGUUGAUUCGUUUUCCAAACUGCUGAAUCUGACUCAACUCAAUCUCGGCUAUGCAAACAAGAGAAAACCAGUGAUCAUUGCUGCGGAUGCUUUCAAAAAUCUGACAAAACUGCGGGAACUGACACUGACUGGCAACUGUCUGAAAGAAAUUCCCGGCAAUCUCCCUCUCAGUGUGGAAAUCCUCAACCUGAACAAUAACAAGAUUCUUUUUUUGAAUAACAGGAGCCUUACUGGCUUAUCAAACGUGACUCAUUUAAGGUUAUCCAAAAACUGCUACGUCUGGAACCCCUGUGGGAAAUCUGUUAUUAUUAUGGAAGACAGUUUUGCAGUUAUGAGCAAACUGCAGGUUCUGGACUUGUCUUUUAACAACUUAACAAAAGUUCCCGUAGGAUUACCCCAAUCAUUACGAUCGUUAAAGCUGGGUUCUAACAGAAUCCAGGUCAUAUCUGAAGAUGAUUUUCUGCGGCUUCAAAAUUUAAAAGUCCUAAAAAUAGAAGGGAAUUGUCCAAGAUGUCAAAAUGCUCCAUUUCCUUGUGUUCCUUGCCAAAACAUGUCUCUUGCCAUCCAUCCUAAAGCAUUUCAUAAACUAAAAAACCUUGUAUCACUGAACCUGGGAGGAAACUCACUGGACCACCUGAAUCCCUCCUGGUUUGAGAGCCUGACAAACCUUAAACAAUUGUUCCUGUCAUUCAACUUCUUAUUAAAAGCAAUUACCGAGGAGGCAACAUUUCUAAGACAUCUCCAAAACUUAGAAGUAAUCGAUCUCUCUUUCAACUUUGCUCUCAAGUUGUACCCCAUGACAAUAAACCUCUCAACAGAGUUUACAAAUCUCAAAUCUCUCAGAACUUUGCAUUUGGAGGGUUUGGUCUUCCAGGAUAUUCGACCGGACACGCUCAAACCUCUGUACAAGCUCACAAAUCUGUCUGCACUGAACUUGGGGACUAACUUCAUUAUUCACUUGGAUUCCACCAUAUUCAACAAUUUUUCCCACCUGAAAAUGAUAUACCUAGCAGAAAACAGGCUGUAUCCCAUCCCGGUGAGAAGUAUCCAAAAUCCAAGUGCCGGAUACAAUCGGAGGUCAGACCUCUCUAUUUCACCGCUCAUAAAUCCCCAUCCCAAAGAUUUUGUUUAUGAACUAUCACACGGCCUUAUCAAACAAGAGUGCUUUGACUCUGGACGAGUGCUGAUCCUCAGCUCAAAUAAUCUGUUCUUCAUUUCUCCGAAGCAAUUUGAGGGCUAUGGAAAUAUUGCAUGUCUCAACCUCUCUGGGAAUGGAUUUUCAGCAGCACUUAAUGGAACAGAGUUCUCCUUGCUGCCUAAUCUGACAUACCUAGACCUGUCAUUCAAUAAGAUUGAUCUGGCCUAUGACAACGCUUUCAAAGAACUCGAGAAACUAGAAGUGCUAGACCUCAGUAACAACGAUCACUACUUUAAAGCAUUUGGGGUAACACAUAAUUUAAAUUUUACAAAAAAUCUGCCUGCUCUGAGGGUGCUGAAUAUGAGUCAUAAUGCCAUUUCCACAUUGACAACAAAAAAGAUGUACAGCAAAUCAUUAACGGAACUUCAGUUUACAAACAAUUUCCUCGGGACUCUUUGGAAGGAACGGGAUGGCUCAUAUAAGAAGCUUUUUACGAAUCUUACUAAUUUGACAAUUUUAGAUAUAUCCUACAACAAAAUUACAAAGAUUCCAUACAAUGUUUAUGAAUAUUUGCCGCGUAACCUUGCCACACUACGCAUAAAUCACAAUUUGCUUACUGAUUUUACAUGGGACAAACUCAAGUGUCUCCAGCUACUUCAAAUUUUAGACCUGAGCUUCAAUUCCAUAUCGAAUGUGACAGGUAUAAACACAAAUGUCUCUUUGACUUUCCUUGACCUGAGUCAUAAUAACAUUUUCCACUUGGACAACGGGUUUCUUAAGGGUGCAAAAAGCCUCACGACUCUUAGCCUUAGCAACAACAAACUGACUAUAAUCAAUCAAUCCACCUUCCAAUCCAGAACUGAAUCUCAGAUUCAGACUUUGUUCAUGCAGAGAAACCCGUUCCAGUGUACCUGUGACUCAUUAGAUUUCAUUGUGUGGAUUGAAAACAGUGAUGUAAAGAUCCCUAGACUGACCACGGAGGUGACAUGCGACACACCAGCGAACCAGAAGGGUGAAGCUCUGAUCUACUUUGACAUUAGCCAGUGUGUAAAUGACAGUGAGGCAUUCUUGAUCUACCUUUUCACAAAUUCCUUCAUUAUUCUUUUCAUGUUUGUGGCAACAGUUGCUCACUUAUUUUACUGGGAUGCUUCCUACGUUCUUCACUUUAUGAAAGCUAAACUGAAAGGAUACAAAUCCUUGAACUCACCAGACUGUGUUUAUGAUGUCUUUGUGACGUACGACACCAGAGAUCCAUAUGUCUCUGAGUGGGUGAUGACCAAUCUGCGCGUGAAACUGGAGGAGGAAGGAGAUAAGCAUCUUCCUCUGUGUCUGGAGGAGAGGGAUUGGCCCCCUGGAGCCCCACUGGUAGAGAACCUCGCGCAGAGCAUCCAGUACAGUCGCAAGACCCUGUUCGUCUUAACCGAAGCCUAUGUUAAGACCGGGGUUUUCAAGCUGGCGAUGUUUCUGGCCCACCAACGACUGCUUGAUGAAAAUGUGGAUGUGAUUGUGCUGCUGAUGCUGGAACCCGUCCUGCAGCAUUCUCACUUCCUGCGCCUGAGGAAGAGGAUGUGUGGGAAAAGCGUGUUGGAGUGGCCGAGAACGGCUGCUGCAGAGCCCUGGUUUUGGCAGAUCUUGAGGAAUGUGGUCAGAGUGGACAACAAGUUUAUAUGCAACAAGACUUAUUCAAAGUACUUCAACGUCAGGUGAACAAUGACAGUUGUCUGGGAAUGAUUUAGGUCUUAAUUAAAAUGUUGACUAUAGAGCCUGGACCCUGUUUAAAAUGAUUGUUCUAAGUCAACUCUGAAGUGGUCCUUUACAACUUUUACAACUCUGGGGCAACACUACCUGGGGCUUAAUUGCAGACAAAUAAACACAUUUAUUAUUUUUUCUGUUUACAUUGAUGUAUGAUGUCUUGUAAUUUGUGUGCAAAAGAGUACAUUAAA